AUGGCGACGACGCAACAAUUAGAGAAGGAUGCAGACUUUAUGGACAAGUACAGUCGCCAGAUUGGUGCCUUUGGACUCGAAACCAUGGCCAAGUUGGUCAAACUCAAAGUCCUUAUUGUAGGGCUAAAGGGUGUAGGCAUUGAGUGUGCCAAGAACUUGAUCCUCGCAGGUCCCGGCGCCAUCACGUUGCAUGAUGACGACAUUGUCGAGAUACAAGAUUUAGGCAUCAAUUUCUUUUUGACGGAGCAGGACGUGGGUCAUCCGCGUGCUCCUGCAGUCUCCCACAAGUUGGCAGAGCUCAACAAGAUGGUGUCGGUAGCUCUGCACAAAGGGCCUCUUACAGAAGAGGUGCUGGCCAAGCACAAUGUGGUGGUCUUUACACACACGAGCCGUCACGAACUGCUGCGCUGGAAUCACUUUUGUCGUCAGCAGUCACCACAGAUUGGAUUCAUUAUGUGCGAUAUCCGCGGCGCCUUUGGCUACGCAUUUACGGACUUUGGCAACGAGUUUAAGAGCUUUGACGCGACGGGGGAAGCACCGAUUACUCGUAUCAUCACGGACAUUACAAAUGAGAAGGAUGGAAUGCUGUCCAUUUUAGGACCUAAUGAAGACGGUAAGAUGCACGAGAUGCCAGACUCGGACCACGAUGGAUGGAUUGAGAUUAGUGGAGUGCAGGGAAUGAAGCUGAAAAGCAACUUGAACCAGUCCAUUAACACGAUGGGCCCACGUCGCAUCAAGUUUGCUAACAAAAAGGUGUUUCGUAAUGGGAAGCAGACGGAAGUUUUUGAUGCGUACCGACUGAAGAUCGGCGACACAUCCGACUUUACUCCGUAUGAAGGUGGAGGCGUAUUUACGCAACACAAAAAGCCAUUCAUAAUGAACUUUAAAUCCCUGGAGGAAUCGCUAGUCUCUCCUGUGCCUGCAGGCGAGUUUGGACUCAUGUUUACGGACGGAGCCAAGUUUGGUCGUGCAGAGCAGCUACACGUCAUCAUGUGGAGUCUCAUGGAGUUUGAGGAGCGUUACGGUCAUUACCCGAGACCACACAAUGACGCGGAUGCUGAUGAAGUUGUAACAAUUGCUAAGCUGGGUAUUCAGCAUCUCUCGGACUUUACUCGUGAAGGUGCCCAUCAACAGGAAGUGAUGCAGCUGGAUGAACUGGAUGAGAAGUUGGUGCAACUGGCAGCACUAUACGCCGCUAUUGAGUUGCAUCCUCUUGCUGCUUUCUAUGGCGGCGUCAUUGCUCAGGAGAUUGUCAAGUUUACUGGCAAGUUUACACCACUGAAGCAAUGGCUGCACUUGGAUGCGUUCGAAGUGUUGCCCGAUGAGCGCCCGACGGACGUGGAGCCAAUCGGCUCGCGGUACGACCACAUGAUAAUGGCCUAUGGUCUGUCGUUCCACAAGCAGCUUGGAAAUGUUCGUACGUUUCUGGUGGGGUGCGGUGCGCUUGGAUGUGAGUACCUGAAGAACUUUGCCAUGAUUGGUAUUGCAUGCGGCGAAAAGGGUCUUGUGACUGUAACGGACAAUGACCGUAUUGAAGUGAGCAACUUGAAUCGUCAGUUUCUCUUCCGGGAGCACAACGUUGGCCAGUCCAAGUCCGUUGCUGCUACCGCUGCAGUUCGCCAGAUGAACGCAGAUCUGAAGGUAAAGACUCUCGAGCAGUUGGUGGCGGCGCAUACGGAAAACACUUUCGACGACGAUUUUUGGACUGACCUGGACGUAGUCACCAACGCCUUGGAUAAUGUGAAGGCUCGUCUAUACGUGGAUAGCAAGUGUGUCUUUUACAAGUUGCCUUUGCUGGAGAGUGGUACACUAGGCACGAAGUGUAAUGUACAGGUUGUGAUCCCAUAUAAAACACAGAGCUACGCGGAUGGCCCGAAGGAUGCUGAAGGGGACGGAAUUCCAAUGUGCACGCUACGAAACUUUCCAUCCCUUAUCGAACACUGCAUCGAGUGGUCGCGCGCUCAGUUUGAAGAUCUAUUUGUUGUGCCUUCCUUAGACGCUAAGAAGUUUGUGGACGACCGCGCAGCGUAUUUGGAUCAAGUCAAGAAGGCUACCAUAGAAAAUCCGAACCCGAAACUCGUUUCAGCGGCUAUUGUGCAGGAGCUCGAACGUCUUCGUGACCUGCGUGCCGCCUUACAGACGGCGAAGGGUAUCACGUUCGAGCGGUGUGUUGAGCUGGCAUUCGAGCUCAUGACCUCGCGCUUUCGCGACCGUAUUCUGCAGCUUGCUCACAAUUUCCCGGAGGAUCAUCUGACCAGCUCUGGAGAGAAGUUUUGGUCAGGUGCCAAGCGUUUCCCUCAAGCAGUGGAGAAAUUUGACCCAGAAAAUCCGCUGCAUCUGAACUUUGUGCGUGCCACUGCCAAUAUUUUGGCUGUUUGCUACGGGCUUCAGCCACCUCCUGAGCAGAAGCUGGUUCCUGGUGGUUCUAGGUGGCGGGAUCCGUCCAUGUAUGCGGAGCUCGGUAGUAAUUACGUUCCGCCGACUUGGAAGCCGUCGAACGAAAAAAUUGCUGCUGACUCGGACGAAAUGAAGCGUUUGGAGCAGGAGAAAAUUAUGAAUUCGAGUGACUCGGAUAAGAAUGAGCUCAUCGAGUUAAUACGCGAGCUGGAAACGCUUGACCUUUCGGGUUUGCAUUUUGAGCCGGCGGAUUUCGAAAAGGAUCAGGACAUGAAUUUUCACAUUGAUUUCGUUUACGCAGCGUCGAACUUGCGGGCCUUCAACUACCGCAUCCGCGAUGCGUCGCGCCACAAGUGCAAGAUGAUUGCAGGGAAGAUUAUUCCGGCCAUUGCUACUACCACAGCGUCCGUGACCGGCUUAGCUAUGCUGGAGAUGCUGAAACUCAUGCAGCGCAAGGAGCUGGAGGCUUUCAAAGACUCAUCCAAUUCGUUGGGAUUGAAUAUGUACUUGAUGCAGGAGCCAGCGGUUCCAGCUCGUGCUAAGGACGAAUAUGAUGUGGUGGAAAUGUCGGAGGUCAAGUGCAAGCCUACUGGAUUCACCAAGUGGGACUCUACUGUCAUUGAGCUGUCGUCUAAGUCAACUCUGGAGGAUUUUCUGGUUCAAUUCAAGGAAAAAACGGAGCUCAACUGCGACUUGCUGUUCCACUGUGUUGCGGAAAUGGGCAACACUAGCGCAGCCGACAAGGAUUUGCGUUAUCGGACUGUCAGCGGUUUGAUGCUUUACGACCGCAACGCCUACGACAAAGCGCUAAAGGAUCUUUAUGCCAGCCAGAUGAAGAAGCCUCUGCGGGCAUUUGUGGAAUCGCGUUAUGAAGGACUCGUAAAUUGCAGUCGCAAGUACAUUGAGCUGCAGACUUCGUGUUCCGAUGACGCCGACAACGUGUACAAGGUGCCAACGGUCAUUUGCAAGUUCAAUUGA